AUGGCUGGCAGCACUUUCCUUUUCACUUCCGAGUCCGUCGGUGAGGGUCAUCCCGACAAGAUCUGUGACCAGGUCUCCGAUGCCAUCCUCGACGCCUGUUUGACCGAGGACCCUUUCUCCAAGGUUGCCUGUGAGACGGCCUCCAAGACCGGUAUGAUCAUGGUCUUCGGUGAGAUCACCACUCGCGCCAACGUCGACUUCCAGAAGGUCGUCCGUGACACCAUCAAGCAGAUUGGUUACGACUCUUCCGACAAGGGUUUCGACUACAAGACCUGUAACGUCCUCGUCGCCAUCGAGAAGCAGUCCCCCGAUAUCGCUCAGGGUCUCCACUUGAACCAGGACCUCGAGAAGCUCGGUGCCGGUGACCAGGGUAUCAUGUUCGGAUACGCUACCAACGAGACCGAGGAGCUCUUGCCCUUGACCAUUCUCCUUUCCCACAAGCUUAACGCCGAGAUGGCUGCCCGCCGUCGCGAUGGUUCCCUUGACUGGCUUCGCCCUGACUCCAAGACUCAGGUCACCAUUGAGUACGAGAACGUUGGUGGUGCCGUCAUCCCCAAGCGCGUCGACACCGUCGUUGUCUCCGUCCAGCAUGCUGAUGAGAUCACCACCGAGGACCUCCGUUCCGAGGUCUUGGAGAAGAUCAUCAAGAAGGUCAUCCCCGCCAACCUUUUGGACGACAAAACCGUCUACCACAUCCAGCCCUCUGGCCGUUUCGUCAUCGGUGGUCCCCAGGGUGAUGCUGGUCUUACUGGUCGUAAGAUCAUCGUCGACACCUACGGUGGUUGGGGUGCCCACGGUGGAGGUGCUUUCUCCGGAAAGGACUUCUCCAAGGUUGACCGUUCCGCUGCCUACGCUGCCCGUUGGAUCGCCAAGUCCCUCGUUGCUGCCGGUUUGGCCAAGCGUGCUCUCGUCCAGCUCUCCUACGCCAUCGGUGUCGCUGAGCCCCUCUCCAUCUUCGUCGAGUCUUACGGUACCUCUGAGAAGUCUUCUGACGAGUUGGUUGCUAUCAUCCGCAAGAACUUCGACUUGCGUCCUGGUGUGAUGGUCAGGGAGCUCAAGCUCCAGACCCCCUUCUACCUCUCCACCGCUUCCUACGGUCACUUCACCGACCAGUCCAAGCCCUGGGAGCAGCCCAAGAAGCUCGAGCUCUAA